AUGGUAAUCACUAGUGGAAAUGAAGAAGAAAAAGGCAACCAGGAAAAGGAGAGCAAAGAGGAGUCCAUCCUGGCAAUGCUGGGCAUUAUCGGGACAAUCCUGAACCUCGUCGUGAUCAUUUUUGUGUACAUCUACACGACAUUGGCUGUCCAGUUCAAAUCCAGUUUCAUUAGAAAGGAAAACCUUGAUGUUACCCAUCAACAGACUGGACAGCAGAAUGAGCCCAGGCACUUGCUUGUGGAGACUCGAGCUGGCGUCGCCGCCGCCGCCACAGCAAGCAUCGGGGCGGACCAUGAUCCGAGGAAGCUGGGGACAGCCAGGCAGUCGCGCGGGCUCCGUCACCCCAGGGAGCUGGAACUGGUAACGCGCCCCAAGCUGCUGCUGGGGGAGGUCCCUCCCCAGCCCCCCAGAGACGAAGCCACGCCGGGGGGCAGCAGCAACCUCAGCACCAGCUUCACCGCCAGCUCGGCGAGGAGCACCAACAACAACAGCGCCAGCAGCAGCAGCACCACCUCGGGAUCCAGCAGCACCAUGGAUCUCUCCUUUAUGGCCGCGCAGCUUCCAGUUAUGGGAGGAGCCUUCAUGGAUUCGCCCAACGAGGACUUUAGUACAGAAUACUCCUUGUUUAAUUCCUCCGGCAACGUCCACGCAGCUGCUUCGAUGCCGAACCAGCCUGAAGAUGCCUCCCGUUCUUCAAAUGACGCCAUUUUGUUAUGGAUUGCAAUUAUAGCCACAAUUGGAAACAUAGUUGUUGUCGGAGUUGUGUAUGCCUUCACGUUCUGAGAAGAAAGGACAACAGCUCGGGGAGGUGGACAGUUGCUGUUUCAUCAGCGUAGAGUGUGUGUGUGUGUGUAGAUAUAUAUAUAUGCGCACAUGCCUGUAUACAAAUGUAUAUCUUUUUAAAUAUUUGUAGGUAGACGCUUGUUAGCUAAGAACAAGCUUAACAGUAGGUGACCAAAAGAUAAUGGGGGAGGGGAGCCACCCUUGAGGUCCUUUGUAAAUGAUGUGGGGAGGAAGCAUCUCAUUAACAGCAUAAUCAAUUAAAUGUAAAGUUUAACAUGAAAA